AUGUUGGGAAAAAUAUCUUGUGUGAUUUCAACAUCCUUAGCGAAAGAGUUUGAAGAUCUCAGAAUUGGACUUGAUAUCAUAAAACUUGCCACCAACAACUUUGGUGAAGACCACUUCAUUGCGGAAGGUGGAUCCGCAGGGAAGGUAUAUAGAGGAGAAUUUAAACUCUUUAAUAAGGGACAAGUCAUCUGCACUGUAAAGCGCUUGGAUUGUACAAAGGACGAUAUGGAUCUUUUGUUUUGGAGAGAGAUCAUGUUGUUGUCAAGUUAUAAACAUAAAAUUGUCCUCUCUCUUAAAGGAUUUUGUGACGAGAGUGAGGAAAGAAUCAUUGUAUAUGACUUUGCAAUUCAUCAACGUCUUGAUUUUCUCCUACUUGACCCCAAAUUCACAUGGAUCCAACGUCUCAAGGCAUGUCUUGGAGCUGCAUGUGGCUUGGAAUAUGGAAAUGCCAAUGAAGAACACAAGCACCUUUUCUCUGAUGACAAAAAUGCCACUCUUGGCUACUUUGAUCCCAUAUAUAAAAAUACGCAAUUGACAAAAGAAACGGAUAUCUACUCGUUUGGUGUGGUACUAUUCGAAGCUUUGUGCUCAAGGCCUUGUGUUGAUAAUAGUUAUAAUGACGAGCAUCGAUCGCUACCAGUAUUAAUAAGGAAGAACUAUCAAGAGCAGAAAAUAGAUAGUGUUGUGGAUGAUAAUCUAAGGCGACAGAUUGACCAAAAUUGUUUUGAUACAUUCGUAGAACUUGCAUACAAAUGUUUGGAAAGUGAUAAGUCACGACGCCCCUCAACGAAUUUGGUCAUGAAGACGCUCAAAACUGCACUUGAAUAUCAAGAGGUCUUUGAAGCAAAAGCAAAUCACCUUUUGGAUUUCGAGGAAAUCUGUCCUCCAGGAGGAAGCGAUUUGGUAAUUUUGUACACAACAAGCGUCAAAGGCAUCCGAAAGACAUCAAAAGAUUGCUCGAGGGUUCACUCGUUACUCAAAAGUCUAAAGGUUUUAUACCAAGAAAGAGAUAUAGCGAUGUACUCGGAUUUCAGAGAUGAAUUGCAGAAUUUGGGAAAAUUAUCAGCAUUACCUCGGCUGUUUAUAAAGAGUAGGUACAUUGGCGGAGCAGAUGAUAUUUUUCUGUUGCACGAACAAGGAAAAUUCCAGCCACUCGUUCGUGAUAUACUAAACAUAUCGGAAGGGCCAUGCAAAAGGUGUGCUGGAGUUCGGUCUGUUGUCUGCCGUAAGUGUAAUGGUAGCAAUAUUUUGAAAUCUGUUGAAGGGGGCAGAACGAGGUGUACGGAAUGUAACAAAAAUGGGCUUAUCAAAUGCCCCAUUUGCUUCUAA